AAUGAAAGUAAACAUGAUUAGUGGUACAAAAAAUAAUGUAAAAGCAUAAUACCUUCAAAGAUUUUUUGGUAGGGAUGUAGAUUCGUGUAUUCAUUCAGGUUUGUUUCGGUUUAUUUUGGAAUUUUAAAUUUUUGGAGUUAGAGAUUUCAAACCCAUUUAGAUAUUUAUAAAUGUUGGUUCGGGAUCCUUUCGGUCCAGAUUUAGAGUAUACAUUUCAAUUAUGUUAAAAUUUUAAAUUUAAAUAUCAAUAAAAAUCUUCAAAAUUUAAAAAAUAAAAACACAGCAUAUAAAUUUGAAUGUUGUAUGAUAACAUAUCUAAAACUAAAAAAACAUUGGAUGAAAAACGUUAGGAAUUUUUAGAUGUUUUAAGUAUUUUUGCUAUUUUAGUUAUUUAUUUUUUGUUAUUUUGGAUAAUUUUUGAUAUUUUCAGGAAUUUUGGAAAUUUUGCAUAUUUUAUCUAAAAAUAAUAAUAUAUUUAAAUAUAUAAUUAUGAUACAGAUAUUUUAAGGUAUCCGAAAUAUUUAGGUUCAGAGACGUUUUGGUUUGGUUCUUCCGGUAUUAAAUUUUUUUGAUCCAUUCUGGUAUUGUGACAAGUUUUGAUUCGGGUUUAUACUCCUUUUCAGAUCUGGUUUUAUCAAACGAUGUAAACGCUGACGUACUGGUCAUAACGGGCCGGCAAACCAAUCAUCACCAUAAUUAGUGAGAUCACAAAAACCCAAUCAACACAGUGAUCCAUUCCCACACGUGGAUUGUGAUCGAAAGGACCAAACAAAGUGACUUCACAACUGGUUCUCACUCUCAAGAAGAAGAAGAAGAAGAGAAUGGAAUUGGGGAUAGUUUGGUUGGUUAGAGUUGCUUGGAUCGCUGCUAUACUUCCUAUGUUGAUCGCUUCGAUACCCAAUUCAAAGCUGACAUCUUUUCACCAACUCGUUUUGGGUUUCGCCAGGAGAGGCAAGAUUCUCCAGCCCUCCUCGUCUUCUCAGAAGUGGACACUUCCUCAGAAACACUUUGCUCACUUCUAUGUUCUCGGUGUGGCGUGGACGACUCUUCUGCUCGCUGCCACGUGGAUGUACGCUUUCAAAAUGACCCCUUUGACGUCUGACGAGUUCCAUUUGUCCAAAGUGUGGCGAGCAGUGUUUCUACUUGUCCUGAUGGAGACCCAAGUUCUGAGACGCCUUAUGGAGUCAUUCUAUGUCUUCAAGUAUAGCCCUUCUGCUCGGAUGAGCAUCCUUGGCUACCUCGCUGGAUUGUUUUUCUAUACAGCUGCGCCUUUAUCACUCUGCGUCAAUAUAGCUCCAGAGUUGAUUGGUGCAGCCGUUUUUAUGUGGGGAUGGUUACAUCAACGACGCUGUCACGCAAUUCUCGGCUCGCUUCGAGAAAGUCCUAGCCAAGUGAAAGAGUACAUAAUACCACAUGGAGAUUGGUUUGAGAUCGUCUCUAGUCCACAUUACUUGGCAGAAAUCGUUUUAUAUGCGGGUUUGCUGAUUGCGAGUGGAGGAACAGAUGUAACCAUCUGGCUACUCUUUGGUUUCGUGGUUGGGAAUCUGACAUUAGCAGCUGGAGAAACUCACCGGUGGUAUCUCCGGAAGUUUGAGAAUUAUCCGGCUAACCGGAAUGCCAUUUUCCCUUUUGUUUACUAAAUGGUUUAAGAGAUAGAACACAACUUUAUCAAGGUUUUACGGUAGUUGAAUAUUCACGCAAAUGCUGUUAGAUGAACAAAUAGAAUACAGCAUUCUAUCAAAUA